AGUCCAGCUGUCGUGGUGGGGAUCGCUCGCCCGCUCGGCGAUCGGCUCGUGAGCCUGGCGGCCGCUCCUUUGCCUCCCACGUUGAAUUUCCACGGGAGGCAUGAAAGCAAUAAAUGCAGACCUGCAGGUUCCGGCCAGUUUUCAUCAUCUCCUCCAUAGAAGAACUGAAGAGCCGUUGAAGGGAACUGGCCAGAUUGUCUUGAACAAAGCAGCUUUCUGUCUGUGAGAGAUUCCUGUUGUGUGUGUGUUCCCCCCCCCCAUCAUCAUACUUUUACAAGACGGUCAGAAAUGGCUAGUUUAGUCAACAAAGACUCUUACCUGCAGAACUUGGCGAAGAAAAUUUGCACCCAGGAAGUCCGCGAACCGAGAAAAAGGAAAUUCGGAAAUGCUUUGGGAGAUGAGGGCUCUCAACCGAAGAAGAAGAAGAAAUCGAAAAAGGUGAAGAAGCGAGACAGGAUGGCAGGCGCUCUUCCAGACAAACAGGUGGCAGUCCCGGUCAGCCAAGGAGCAGCGGCUAAGCCAAGCACAAAGUCUGAUCCAGCUCCACCGAUUGGACCCGGUGCUACCAAAUCAGCUACCGUAGAGGGGAAAGCGAGCAGAGUCCAGAACGCCAGUGCCCCAGAUGGGAAAAGUUCCUUUUCUGGCUUAACUCUCUUGCGACAGAGGCUGCAUGAGAAGAUCCAGGAAAUCUCCGGUCAGGGAAAUGCCAAAGAGUUGACCCCGGCUGUGCUACAGAAGAGGCAGCGAAGGAAAUAUGAGAAGGAAAGGAAGAAACGCCGAAGGAAAGAGCUGAAGAUGAAGGAGAAGAUGGAGAAGAAGGAAGCCGAGGAGACAACGGGACCGGCUGUUUUGGAAACCGAGACCCCCAAGGAGGAGAUCAAGCCCCAGCUUGUCUUUAACAAGGUGGACGUCGGGGAGGAGAAGAUGCUGAGCAAAGCCGAGAAGAAGAGGGAGAAGAGAAAGGCGGUGAAAGGGAACAUCACUCCGUUGACGGGGAAGAAUUAUAAGCAGCUCCUGAGCCGGUUGGAGGCUCGGAAAAGCAAGCUGGAGGAGCUGAAGGACGAGAACAAGGAGAAGGCCAAGGAGAUGGAGAUGAAGCUGAGAUGGACCAACGCUCUCUACAAGGCGGAAGGGGUGAAGAUCCGCGAUGAUGAGGACCGGCUUAAGGCCGCUCUCAAGCGCAAGGAGAAGCGCAAGGCUCAGCGCCAGAAGCAGUGGGAGAAGCGGACGGUCCAGGUGGUGGAGAAGAUGCAGCAGCGCCAGGAGAAACGGCGGAAGAACCUGCAGAAGAAGAAGCUGGCCAAGGUGGAGAAGAAGAAAGCCAAAGCCCGCAAGAAAGGGCGGAUCCUGCCCGAGGAUUUGGAGAAGGCUGGCUUGAAAUGAGCCGGACUCGGGAGCGCUUUCUCCCAUCUCCCUUGGGAAGGCAGGCUUUCGGAUUGAACCUGUGAAUAAAAUUAUUUUUUUUGGGGGGUGACCCCUUCUGUCUAUAUC